AAAAGAAAAUUUUUAGAUUGCUUUUUCAAAACUUUUAUAAACUAUAAGAUGUUAUCUAUCGUAUUCAAUUAAAUUUGUUUAAAAAUCACUUAUUAGAUACAUGUACCUACAUAAUUUCUUGACAUCUUGCUUUCUCACAGUAAUUAUAUAAAUGGCGGAAAAUGACGAAAAACCGAUUGUUCAAAUCAAUGGAUUUACUACAAUAAGUUACUUGAAAGAAAACCUCACGAUUAUCGAUAUAAGCAAUAAGAAUAUUAGUGAAUUUAACGAAAACAUAAAAUUUCCUGAACAUCUUUGUGAAAUAAACUUAUCGAGUAACAAACUUGAAUAUGUGCCACAAUGUGUAAUGCAACUAAAGUAUUUAAAACGAUUGGAUAUUUCUUCAAAUUGUAUCGAAUAUUUCGACGACACUCCAAAUUUUUGUCACGAGAUAGAAGACUUAAAUAUAUCAAAUAAUAAACUGCUGGGUCCACCCUACUGGAUAUGGUCAGAAUCUCCGAAGAAGUUAAUAAAAAUUAAUUUUAGUGAUAACAUUACUAUAACAACUGCCUUACAAGAUGCCUACUUCAAGGAACUUCUCCAGUAUAAAUGUCUAGUCAAAGAUGUCAUAAUUUACAAUUGUAAAAUAAGUAAAUAUAAGGAAAUAAUAAGUACAUUUUCAAAUGCUAAAAGCAUUGUACUGGGUGCUAAAAACUUAAGUUAUAUGUCUGCUAAUGAUAUCGAGGAUUUCCCUUGCUUAGGUUUAGAUAAAUGCUGUGAUAUAGAAAGUCUAAAUCUACGCUUCACAUUUGUUUGCAAUGUCACGCCUGAAAUAAAUAUUUAUAAAAAUCUUAAGGAAAUUGAUCUAUCACAGAAUAAAAUAAGUGGUUUACCGAAAGAGUUUUGUCAAUUAGAAAACUUAGUUGUUUGUUUAUUAUCAUUCAACAGUAUAUUGUAUUUACCAAGUGAGUUCGUCAAUUUAAAAAAGUUAGAAGUACUCUGUAUUAACAAUAAUGAAUUAUGCAUGUUGCCAGAAGAUAUGAAUAGAUUACAAAACCUUAAAAAACUAGACUUGUAUGACAAUUACUUGAAUGAAAUACCAGAUUUAGAUUUUUUGGAAGAAAUAGAUUUGGCACAGAAUUAUUUUGAGGAGCCAGACGAUGAGGUUUAUUUGGAAAAGAGAAAUAAAAUAAGGUUACAUUGGGUCAAUAGAUAUAGUGGAAGGAAACCAGAAGUGGUCCAAGAAGAGAGUGAACACUCUUCAGACACAACUGAUGAGGAAUUGUGUUCACUGGGUGAUGAGGAAAAUAAUGAACCUCAUGAGAGACCUUCAUCAAAUCAAUCUGAAGAUUGGGACUCUGAGGACUGGUGGCAGCCCCACUAUACACCAAAAACAACCAUACCAUCACAGUCUCAGUGGCUUACAUUUGUCAAAAGAAAGAUGGACGAUGGACACUUUUGUCCAAGUGACUUACAUACUGUUUCUAUAGCAGAGAGAGUGAAAUACGAAAAAAUAUGUAAUCCAAAAAUAAUUAAAGAAGUAACGGGACAAUUUGAUGAUCUCUCUGAUGAUGACAGUUGAUAUUUAUUAACUAUAGGAUAUAGGACAAGUAGUUUAGGUAAAGGUUUAAUACAAAAGUGCAGGUUAUGUGAAUAUACUAUAUUUUUUCUAGAUUUUCACUAGCAAUAAAAUAUACAUCAUGUUGAAAAUGUUAAAUAUAUUAAGUAAAUGUUGUUUUUUAUAAUUCUUGUACUUUAGCAAUAAAUAGAAAAAAAUAUCAAAAUUGACUACAAUAGCAUUUUUUGGAUAAAUGCAGAGACAAAUGCAUGAAAUAUGAUUUCCUAUUAUUAAUAAAACAAAAGUUGUGUUGAUUAUGCUUGAAUUAAAUAACAGAUGACUACUAAA